UUUCCUGCGCUCAGAUCCAAUACACUCCAAUGAUUAUUUCUUAGAUUUCAGGCAAUGCAAAGAAAUUCGAUAAGGUCAAUUGGUAGUGCUAUCAACGAAAAAGAAAUAAUGUUCUUCAAACAAUCAUGCAAACUUGGAUUGAUUUACAUCUUGUGCUGUAUUGCAUUCAAUGUUCCUUCAUAUUUCACCACCGAUAAAUGGAUACUAUUCAUAUCAAGUACGAUUGUAUGGAUUAUGGUACAUUCAUUGGAUGGAUUAAUCUUUCUGAUUUUCAACCGAAAGCUUAUCUACAAAACAAAUUUCGGUGGAUCGUCAAUAACACCCGAUGCAAACUUAAAUUUGUUUCGAAUAAAGCAAUGAAGUGAAUAUUUC